CCCCCCCCCCCCGUCUCUUCGCUUUUGCUUUUCUGUUCUUUUUCAUCCCCAUGUGCUCUCUGGUUUCAGUGUAAUGCUGAAGUUGGUUUGGAAUUAUCAGUUCUUCGUUGGAUUCCUUAUUGUCGUCUCCGUUAUCCCUUUUGUCUUCGCAGAGUAGAAGCUUUUGCACUUUCGAAGCUACUUCUUACGAGCAAAACCAUAUGGCAUUGCUUUUUGCCAGAUACGCAAAAAUGGCGGUGGAGCUUGUAAUUUCAGCAACCAGUGAGAAGCUCAAUGAUGUGGACUGGGCAAAAAAUAUUGAAAUCUGUGAGCUAGUCACUCGAGAUGAAAGGCAAGCUAAAGAUGUUAUCAAGGCUAUCAAGAAACGCUUGGGAAGCAAGAACCCAAAUACUCAAUCAUAUGCUGUCAUGCUGCUGGAGAUGUUGAUGAAUAACAUUGGGGAGAAUAUUCAUAAACAGGUUAUGGAUGUGGGUGUUCUCCCUGUAUUAGUGAAGAUAGUGAAGAAAAAGUCAGAUUUGCCUCUGAGAGAGAGGAUUUUUCUCCUUCUUGACGCGACACAAACCUCCCUUGGUGGUGCUUCAGGGAAGUUCCCUCAGUAUUAUUCAGCAUACUACGAUUUAGUGCAAUCAGGAGUUAAGUUUCCUCAGAGAACUCAUUCUACACAAGAACCUGGCUCAACACAAGCAGCCCCCAGAAAUACACUUAAUGAACAACUUGCAUCUGCUAGGAACGAGGGCAAUGCUCAGCGGCAAGAAUCUCAGCCUGCAUCUCCUUUGAGCAUCUUACAAAAGGCCAGUAAUGCGCUAGAAGUUUUGAAGGAAGUUCUUGACACAAUCCAUUCUCAAAAUCCCGAGGUAGCGAGAGACGAGUUUACUCUUGACCUUGUCGAGCAGUGUUCAUUUCAGAAGGAGCGAAUUAUGCAUCUUGUGAUGAAGUCAAGGGAUGAAAAAGUGGUCUCUCGAGCAAUUGAAUUGAACGAGAAGCUGCAAAGAAUUCUCACUAGACAUGACGACUUGCUGUCGGGCAGGAUCACUGGGUCAGGCCAUAAUUCCAAUCCCAAACAGAGCCAUUGUCCUUCAAAUGGGAAUCAUCAGAAACAUGAACUGAGCGCUUCUAAUGCAAAUCAUUUGCAUACCGAGUCAAGCAGCUCUAUAUCCAACUCAAUUCAUCUUAACCAUGACGACGGGGAUGAGGAGGAGGAGCCUGAGCAGUUAUUCAGGAGACUGAGAAAAGGGAAAGCCCAAGCAAGGCCUGAAGACGAAGGCGAGCCGUCUUUGGGAGAGAAACCUCAUAUGGGCUUGCUCGGAUCAUCCGUGACAGGUGAAAGUCUCAACCGUCCACUUAUACGCCCUUUACCUUCAGAGACAACACGCGAAAGCAAUUCACAGUCACCCCCUUUUGCAAUUCCACCACCGCCAGCAAAGCACAUGGAGAGGGAGAAAUUCUUCAAGGAGAAGAAAACCGACGGCGCAGUCAUCUCCGGCCACAUGAGAGGCCUCUCGUUACACAGUCACGACGGGAGCAGCUCACGCAGUGGAAGCAUAGACUUCAGUGACUGACCGACCUCCAUAAACGACCGAGCUCAUGGCUCAUAUAUACAUAUUCUUUACGUUUUUUUCCCGGGUUUGUAAUUUACAGGACAGAGAAAGGAGAUGGACAAGCUUUCUCAGCAGAUUAAGAUGUACUGCCAGGUUCUUUCGUGUAUAGGAGAGAAGUGCACUGUUUCAUGGGAACAGGGAUUGUGUAAGAUUAUCGAGGUUGUGCCCUUAUGCUGUAAUGGAGUUGAAUUGCUCGAUACAACAUCUGUUGCCAUAUAAAACUUUGAUAUA